GCUGUCGUUCUGUUAAAGACCACUUGAGGGCGGUGUCAUGUCUUGGUGAUAGAGAACGGGAGAAAAACUGGGCUUAGACCGUGAAUAAGACAUUAAAGUUUAUAUCUUUUUCGAAUAGAAUCCAUUAUUUUUAUUUUUCGCCAAGAAUAGAUCAGCCCAAAAUGUCAGAUAUUUGAAUAACUAUAAUGGUGCCCCUCGGAACACUUUAUCUGUGCAUUGUUUCUAAACGACAAUAGACGUGGUACAAUCGGGUGUAACAAAAUUAAAAUACCCCACCGUUGAACAUGGCAGGGUCAGAACUCCUGAAAACAUUACUGUAUACUUUGAACAAUGUACUUAACCAAGAAAAGUAUAAAGCUUUAUUGGCGGUGGUGAAAGGUUUCAGGAAUGGAGCAGUAUAUGGGGCGAAAAUUCGUGCCCCCCAUGCCCUUGUUAUGACAUUUUUGUUCAGGAGCGGGAGCUUGAAAGAAAAGCUGAAAGCCAUCUUCAAAGCAACAUACACUCACUCGCGGAAUCUUGCCUACUUCGUCUUCGUUUACAAAGGGCUUCAGGGUCUUCAAGAAAAGAUCCAGGGAAAGACCCUGCAGUCCCAGUCAUUCCUUGCAGCGUGCCUUGGGGGAUGGCUAGUGUUUGGGGACAACAAUAACAUCAACAGCCAGAUAAAUAUGUACUUACUAUCCAGGAUCCUAUUUGCUCUUUCUCGCCUGGCCGUGGAGAAAGGCUUCAUCCCUCAGCCAAAGAGAGACCCUUUCCCCAUGUUUGCCACCCUGGUGUGGGGCAUUGUCUUGUGGCUAUUCGAGUACUAUCCCCACACCCUGCAGCCAUCUCUCCAGUCCUCCAUGAAUUACCUCUACCAUGACAGCAAUGUGUGGCACGACAUCACAGACUUCCUUAUCUAUAACAAACCCAAGGCAGCAGCAGCAAACUGAGAUCUCAUCCGUUGGCUUGCACUGUGGCACUUCAAAAUGCUUGGCUACAUUUUAAGUCAUGUGAGGCCAAGUGAGUAUCAGGCUGUUCGCUAACUUUGUGGCAAUUACAGUGCUGGUAAAGAGCCCUAUUCUCCCAGGAAGUGAUUUAAUGUUUAAAUAAGCAGUAAUUCAUUAAUGAGUUAGUUUAAUUACUGUGCACUCCACUGAGUCAACCUGCACUUGAUUCGCAACGUAAGUUACAUAAUCACAAACCUGAGUCCAGCUGUGGAGGAUUAAGGAUCAGAUUGGAAGCUUUGAGAGCUUACAGUGUUUUAAAUCAGAAGGGCUAAAUAGGAAGGUGGAAAAGUACCAUUUAUCUUGUAUGUUCUAAGAAUAUUAGCAUUAGCUGUAAACAGGGGCGCAGAUAGCACUGGGGACGGGGGGGACAUGUCCCCCCCAGAUUCAUAGUGACCCUGAUCCGUCCCCACCACUCUCCCUACGUAAGGCGACAAUCAUC